GAGACCUGCUAUACCUGCACCCUCCUGCCCAGGAUGCUGGCCAGCUUCCUCACUGGAGACAGAACCAUCUCGUUCUCUGGCUGCUUCAUCCAAUUUUUUUUCUAUGUUUUCUUGAUAGUUACAGAGUGUUGUCUCUUAUCUGUGAUGUCUUAUGAUCGGUACUUAGCCAUAUGUAAACCAUUGCAUUAUGCAGCCCUAAUGAGUGACAGAUUUUGUUUCAACCUUGCUGCUGGCUCAUGGAUGAGUGGAUUUAUAGUUGCCUCCAUUAUGUAUCUCUUCUUGAUACGAUUAACCUUCUGUGGACCCAAUCAAAUUGACCAUUUCUUUUGUGACUUUUAUGCAGUGAUUAAGCUCUCCUGCAGUGACACCUAUGAGAUUGAACUUGUAGACUACAGUCUUAGCUGUAUAUUUGUUUUGCCCCCAUUCCUUUUGACUCUCACUUCCUAUGUCUGCAUUAUCACCACCAUAGUGAGAAUCCCUUCCUCUACUGGGAGAGAAAAGGCCUUUUCCACCUGUUCCUCUCAUAUUACUGUGUUGACCAUUUUCUAUGGGACCCUAACUAUUGUGUAUAUGCUCCCAAAAAUCAAUACCCUUAGAGCCCUGAACAAAAUAUUCUCUCUUUCCUACACUGUGCUGACUCCAUUGGUCAACCCUCUCAUUUACAGCCUGAGAAACAAGGAAGUAAGGGAGGCUGUACGGAAAGUUGUCUCUGUGUUUAUGAAUUGUAAAGGAAUACAAACUUUCUUAAACUCUAUGAGGAGGUUGAAGCAAAAUGGAAAUAACAGGAAUCAGAGCUCUGGAAAAUGA